AUGUCUGCAUUUACCGUUCAUAUAAAGCAUGGGGCAAACACAAGCCUACAGCUUGAUCCCGAGCAACCUCCUUCGGUUUUCAAAGAAGCAAUCUAUCAAGUGACCGGGGUUCCGGUCGACCGAAUGAAGGUUAUGAUCAAAGGUGCUUUAUUAAAGCAGUUGGAAGGUGUGAAUCCAAAGGCCGGACAAACGUUUACUGUGAUUGGGACGGCUGGGCCUCUGCCUAAACCACCCUCAACUCCGAUUGACUUUUUCGCAGAUAUGGACGAACGAGAACUUGCUAGUGUAUCAAAAACACCCGUCGGUUUGCAAAAUCUCGGAAACACUUGUUACAUGAAUUCUACAGUACAAGCUCUCCGAGCGAUACCCGAACUACAAACCGCACUGGAUCCAGUUACUGGAACCCCCACCACUGCUCAGCAUCGCCUUGCCAUGGCCUUACGAGAGACCUAUAAGGCAAUGGGAAAGACAACAGAGGGGUUCCCGCCUCUUAUCCUGCUGACAAAUCUGCGGGCCGUAUUUCCGCAAUUUGCAGAACAAACGAACGCUGGACAUUAUGCACAACAAGACGCUGAAGAGUGUUGGAGCCAAAUGAUCAGUGCUAUGAAGACACAAGUUCCUGGCUUAACCAACGGUUCUGGGUCAGCAAGCAAAUCAUUCAUCGAACAGUACAUGGUGGGCGAAAUGCGAAAAGUUGGGAUCAAAGAGGUUUGCGAACAAUUCAAUCCGGCUCUAGCAUACAUUACCUUGAAAAAGUCGUUGGAUGAGACGUCUCGUAUCUCGAGGCUACCCUCAAACCUCACUGUCCAUAUGGUGAGAUUUUACUGGCGCCGUGAUAUCAAUAAGAAAGCGAAGAUUAUGCGUAAAGUCAAAUUCCCAUUUGAAUUCGAUGCACUUGACCUAUUAACGGACGAACUUCGCGAAAAAAUUCAGCCUGCGACCCGUAAAUUACUAGAAAUCGAAGGAGAUAGGCUGGAGCGAAGGCGCGCCCGGCGCAAACUCAAAAAUAAAGCAAUCAGCCUUCCGGAAGCGCACCCCCAGAGACUAAUGUUGGUUCGAGCGGAGAAAAUCCAGAACCAGAGCCCAUGGCAGUCGACGACCACGUCCCGGGAUAUCGAAGACGAAGCCACUGCAAGAGAACGGGAGAAAGCCGCCAUCGAUGCUGUCAUUGAUCCCGAGGUUCGCGGGGACACUGGGCAGCCAGAACGGGAGAAAGCCGCCAUCGAUGCUGUCAUUGAUCCCGAGGUUCGCGGGGACACUGGGGCAGCCGUUCACGCCUUAUUUGAAUUGACCGCCAUUGUCACCCACAAAGGUGCUUCAGCGGAUGGUGGCCACUAUAUUGGAUGGGAGUGGUACAAGUUUGACGAUGAUAAAGUCUCAGUGGUAACCCGCGAGAAGAUCUCGACUUUGGAUGGGGGAGGGGAAGAUAGCACCGCAUAUCUUCUUUUAUACAGAGCAAAGCCCAUCUACUAG